CACAUUCAUCGCUUCACUGCUCUCUCUCUCUCGAGCACCAAACUUUCUAACCAUGGAGCUCCUGCUUCUCGUCUCGCUCUCCUCCGUCCUCGCCCUCUCCCUCAUCGUCCUCCUGUUCAAGCACAAGUUGAGCGGCGGCCCCAAGCUCCCGCCGGGCAGCUUCGGGUGGCCCAUCCUCGGCGAGACCAUCGAGUUCCUCUUCGGGAACCCGGAGAAGUUCGUCGGGGACCGGAUGAGGAGGUACUCGUCGACCGUGUUCAAGACCAAGAUCCUCGGCGAGAAGGUGGCCGUCUUCUGCGGCCCCGCCGGCAACAAGUUCAUCUUCUCCAACGAGCAGAAGCUCGUGACCGAGUGGCGGCCACACUCCAUGCAGAAGCUCAUGCGCUCCUACGAGGCCAAGUCACCGGCGCCGCCCCCGACCAACCCGAACGAUUCCAAGACCAAGGUGCUGCGCCAGCCUGGGUUCCUGAAGCCCGAGGCCUUGUCCCGCUUCAUGGAGCAAAUGGACUCGACCACGCAACAGCACAUGAAGCUCCACUGGGAAGGCCAGAGCAAGGUCCUCGUCUUCCCGGUCUCCAAGAACUUCACUUUGUCCCUCGCCAGCAAGUUCUUCCUCGGGCUCAACGAGCACGACCGCAUCACGAGGCUCGCGAACGAGUUCGACGACGUCUCCCUCGGGCUCCACUCGAUCCCCUGGAAAAUCCCGGGGACGAUAUUUUACAACGCGAGCAACGGGGCCACGGCGAUCAGGAAGGCGCUCUUGUCGGUGAUCAGGGAGAAGAAGGAGGCGCUGGCGAACGGCGCGAGGUCGCAUGACAUACUGACGUACAUGGUGGCGGCAGCCGACCCGGCCACAGGGAGGAUGAUGCCCGAGACCGAGAUCGCCGACAAGAUGAUGGGGCUGCUGACCGCCGGAUACAGCACGGUCGCCGGUGCCAUCACCUUCCUCAUGAAGUUCGUCGCCGAGAGGCCCGACAUCUACGACAGGAUCCUCGCAGAGCAAUUAGAGAUCAAGAAAUCCAAGAACCCUGGUGAGACACUGGUGUGGGAGGACAUCCAGAAGAUGAAGUACUCAUGGAACGUGACGAGCGAAGUGUUGAGGCUCACUCCGCCUUUACAGGGAACUUUCAGGGAGGCCAUGACCGACAUCACCUACGAAGGUUACACCAUUCCCAAGGGCUGGAAGAUCUACUGGACGGUGAGCAGCACGAACAAGGACCCGACUUACUUCCCCGACCCGGAGACGUUCGACCCGGCGAGGUACGAGGAAGGGAACGCAGCGCUCCCGCCGUACACUUACGUCCCCUUCGGCGGAGGGCCGCGGCUGUGCCCGGGGAAAGAGUACGCGCGCUUGGUCAUACUCACGUUCCUCCACAACGUGGUGAACAGGUUCAAGUGGGAGCUGGUCGACCCCAAGGAGAAGAUCAUCGAGGACAUGAUGCCCGCCCCAUCGAAAGGGCUCCCAGUUCGCCUCAUUCCUCACUCGGCAUAGAUUCAACUCCCCCACAUACCGAGUCCGCCGCCUUAUUUUCAGACACGACGUGUUACACGUUUCGCCUUUUUAAGCUUAUUCUAAUUAAUUCCUCUGUAUACUUUCUAAGAUGUCGAUGGUAAAAUAUGGAUGUAAGAAAAAUUUACUUA